UGUCGCCAUCUGUGGGUUAAAAUAAUCAAAAUGGCGGCUAACAUGUGUUUCUUGAUUCAAACAAGGAGAUUUAGUAUAACACAACUUGUAAACGGGAAAAGAAAUUUUAAAAAUUUUUAUUUUCCUAAUAAAAGAGGACCUAAACAAUAUAGAGAAAAUUUAAGAAAGAAUAAUUUAGUAGAUCAUCGUGGCCUUCGUGUUUCUUAUCUUCACUUUCCAAAUGGGGAAAAACUUGAAAAGAAGUAUUUUCCUGAACUUUUUCCAGAAUUGAUUGUACCAGAUUUGACAGAUUGCAAAUUAAAACCAUAUGUAUCGUAUCAAGCUCCAGAAGUUACACAAUCAGAGUUCACUGCAAAAGAUUUAUUUGAUGCUGUAUAUUCUAAAAAAAUUAUGGAUGAUUUUAAAUCUGGUAAGCUUGACAGUGAUGGAAAUCCUCUAGAACCAUCAGAAGAAGAAAGUCUUACUCCUGAAGAAGCAAGAAUAAGAGCUCGAAAAUCUGGAAGUGAUAUAUUUGGUUUUAAUCCUAUAUGUUAAUUUUGAGAAAAUUAAAAUAAUAAUGUUAUAUUCCUAAUAACUUGUUAAAAAAUAAUUUAUUGCAU